UUAUUAUUAUUAUUAUUAUUAUUGUAUAGAAAGUGACUGGAAUAACUGAAGAAUUCAAGGCACCAUUGACUGCAAUGAAGCUAGAUAUUAAAGAUCUUGAUAUUGUCAUUGAAGAGCUAACAAUACUCAAUCAAGUACCUUGCUAUAUAUGGCAUGAUCUUGGUCUUCAGCUAGGACUCUAUCAGCCUACACUAGAAGACAUCAAUGAAGAUAAUAAUGGAGACUCUAAGAAGUGCUUCAGACAGUGUAUGUCUGCCUGGUUAAGAGAAGAAGAUAAAGUGAGAGAGAAAGGAGGUCCCAGUUGGUCAUCAUUAGCUACAGCACUGGAUAAAGAAGGAAAGCAUCACAUUGCUACUAACAUUAGAGAUAAAUAUUGUUUUAACUGUUGAAUUAAUAAUAGAUGUAAUGCUCUGUUUAAUGAGAUUCUCCACUUUUAUAUUUUACCUGA